AUGCCUGAGGAACUUGAAGCCGCCAAUCCAAGGAGGAUAUGGUAUCUCCCGGUAGGAGCGGUGGUUAACCCCAAGAAACCGGGGAAAAUUCGUAUGGUCUGGGACGCGGCUGCGAAUGUAAACGGUGUGUCUCUGAACGGCGCGCUACUCAAAGGUCCGGAUCAACUCUCCUCGUUACCUGGAGUUCUCUUCCGUUUCCGUUUGUAUUGCAUAGCGGUCAGCUCAGACGUUAAGGAAAUGUUUCACCAGCUUAGAAUCCGCGAUGAAGAUAAAAUCUCUCAACUAUUUUUAUGGCGUAACAAUCCAUCGGAGAAACCCACCGUAUACAUGAUGGACGUCGCGACAUUUGGAAGCACCUGCUCGCCUGCUUCGGCGCAGUGUAUUAAAAACCGUAACGCAGAGCAAUAUGCGGAAUUACAUCCAGAAGCAGCGAAGGCGAUAGUUCACGACCACUAUGUGGAUGAUUAUCUGGCGAGUUUCAGCUCAGUGGAGAAGGCAGCGAAAGUAGCAAGCGACGUGCGAUACAUUCACGGUAAAGCAGGCUUCAACCUACACAACUGGAGAUCGAACAGCAGCAUACUUCUACAGAAAUUAGGCGAAAUCCAGCAAGAAGCAGUCAAGCAGCUGAAUCUGGUGGAAGGAGGAAAUACGGAAAGGGUCCUCGGUAUGCUUUGGAGUCCUACAACCGACGAAUUGAGUUUCUCCACUCAAAUGAACGACGAGAUGCAAAUACUGAUCCGUACAGAUACACGUCCAACGAAAAGGCAGGUGUUACGAUGCGUAAUGACCUUAUUCGAUCCUUUGGGACUACUUUCGCCGUUUAUCAUUCACGGCAAAGUUCUGAUCCAGGACCUGUGGCGAGAAGGUACGGACUGGGAUGAGAAGGUCAGCGACGCAGUUUACGUAAAAUGGCAGAGGUGGAUACAAAUGAUCGAGUAUAUUUCCGAUAUCCGCAUCCCAAGAUGCUACUUCAGUGGUGCUACUCGGAUGACAUAUGAGAAUUCCGAAAUACACGUGUUUGUGGACGCUAGCGAAGCGGCCUAUUCCUGUGCGGUUUAUUUGCGCACGUUCAACGAAGGGGAGAAUCAGCAGUGCUGUCUGAUCGCCGCCAAAUCGAAGGUAGCGCCUCUGAAACCCUGGUCUAUUCCCAGACUGGAAUUACAGGCAUGUGUUCUAGGCACACGAUGGGCGAAAUUUGUUGUAGGCCAUCUCGACGUUCCCGUAACCAAGGUCACGUAUUGGACAGACUCCAGAACCGCACUGGCCUGGAUCAAAUCAGAUCCUCGGAAUUAUCGACAAUUCGUUUCCUUCCGAGUAGGCGAAAUUCUGGAACAGACAACAGCGACUCAAUGGAAGUGGGUACCAUCGAAAUCCAAUCCUACGGACGAAGCGACGAAAUGGGGAAGUGGUCCGUACUUCAAUCAAGACAGCAAAUGGUUCCGAGGACCCAAUUUUCUGUGGCUAGCGGAAGAAGAGUGGCCCCGUGUUAAAGAGCCAGUGGUGGCUACUGCAGAAGAAAUGCGAGCGUCGAUUCUUCAUCACUGUACGAUAGAGACAACCAUAGAUUUCCACCGGUUCUCUACCUGGGAGAGACUGCAACAUGCCACAGCAUAUGUCUUGCGAUUCCUGAACAACGCAUCCAAGAAGCAGCCGAAAUACUCCGGAUCACUACAACAGGCAGAACUGCAUGCUGCCGAAGAAAUCAUCAUCAAAUUAACUCAACGUGAAGCUUACACAGAUGAAGUUGCUGCAUUGUCGAAUAAAGUCCUAAAUAAAUCGGGACAGGAGGUCAUCGGGAAGAACAGUUCCAUAUACAACCUUAUGCCGUUCCUGGACGAUCGUGGCCUGCUACGCGAGCGUGGCAGAAUUGAGGCAGCUGAAAGUGUACCACAUGAAGUGCGACAUCCGCUGAUCCUUCCGAGGAAGCAUCACCUCACUGAACUCCUGGUAAACAGAUAUCAUCGCCGCUACAGACACGGGAACGCAGAAACUGUAGUGAAUGAGUUACGCCAGCUUUACACGAUUCCACGACUUCGUUUAGUAGUGAAGAAAGCAAAACGCGAUUGCGCGCUCUGCAAAAUUCGUCGGACUCGACCAAUGAUUCCACCAAUGGCGCCGCUUCCGGUUGCGCGUCUGGCCCAUCACGAACGACCAUUCACCUAUACGGGGCUGGACUAUUUCGGGCCGCUGCUGGUGAAGCUGGGAAGGUCUAUAGUUAAACGAUGGAUAGCACUCUUCACCUGUCUGACAGUGCGUGCUGUCCACUUGGAAGUCGCUUACACUCUAUCAACAGAGUCAUGUAUCUCCUGCGUUCGUCGAUUCGUGGGACGACGGGGAUCGCCGGUAGAAUUCUUCAGCGACAAUGGAAUGAAAUUCAAAGAAGCCGAACGAGUACUGCAGCACCAGAUAAACCAGGGACUGUCCUCGACAUUCACCAGUGCCAACACGAAAUGGAGCUUUAUACCACCGGGAGCUCCACACAUGGGAGGAGCUUGGGAACGCUUGGUGCAAUCAGUAAAGGCGGCUAUGGCUGAAGCGUACAUAGAAGGGAAGCUAGAUGACGAGGGGCUGCAGACACUGGUCGUGGAGGCUGAAAAUAUAGUAAACUCAAGGCCUCUGACGUAUCUACCACUCGAGUCUGAGAUGGCAGAGGCACUCACACCAAACCACUUUUUGUUGUUGAGUUCAAACGGGGUAAAGCGACGAGGCGAAGAUGUGGCUCUGGGUCAGUUGAACGACCUAGUACGCAGACAAAUUCUGGGAAAAUCCUGGGAACUAAUACAACGUCAGUUGGAGACAUUUUGGCAGCGCUGGCUAGUCGAGUACCUGCCCGUGAUUCGCCGACAAGCCAAAUGGUUCGACGAAGUCCGAGCGUUGGAACCGGGUGACGUGGUAGUGGUAGCGGAACCUACAAAGCGAAGUGGAUGGGAGAGAGGACGAAUCAUCCGUAUGAUUCCUAAUCCGGAUGGCCGGUGCCGUAGAGCAGUGGUGCAAAUCGGAGGAAAAUCUUCAGUGCGACCGGUGACUCGGUUGGCGUUGCUCGACGUGGUAAAUAGAUGUGGAGUUCCUGCGGACUCCGGACUACACCUGGGGGAGACUGUCAACGCAGAAUUCGCCGAGCUGGCAACCCUAUCUACCGGAAUUACUGAAGGGGCGAAUCAACUGUCAACGAGCUGA